GUACAAACAAAUAUAUGAUUUAUAUAUAUACAUGUAGGUGAAAGUUGCCUCUAGAUAAUUUAACUAUUGGUACAAGUACAUGUAUGUCCAGACUAUUUUGAAAAAAAUACAUGUAGUUUUGUAAAUACAUGUGCUUCCUGCUGGAAUAAAUUUUCAUUUGAUAACAUAUACUGGACCACUUUUCGGAUCCUGAGAUAAAUUAUAAACAGCAACAUGUCGAUUCAUGAUGAAAUGACGGCCACUAGUGAUAGUUUUUGGGAAAUAGGAAAAUAUAGUCGGACUGUGAAACGAUGUGACAAUGGAUACAAACUUUGUGAUAAUUUACGUCAGCUUAUAGAACAGAGAGCAGAAAUAGAAAAAGGAUAUUCAAAAAAUUUACUAGGUUGGACUAAAAAAUGGAAUGAUUUUCUCGAUAAAGGUCCAGAAUAUGGAACAACACAAGCAAUGUGGAGAGGACUUCUAGAGGAAGCCAAUAGUACAGCUGAUUUACAUACAAUUGUAGCAGAGAACCUGAUGCAGAAAGUUUAUCAGGGAAUCAAAUCAUGGCAGAAAGAAAAUUACCACAAAUCUAUGAUGCACUAUAAAGAAACAAAGGAAUUCGAUGAUGGAUUCAAAAAGGCCCAGAAACCAUGGGAAAAGAAAUACACAAAAGUAAUGUCCAAUAGAAAAGAUUACCACAAUGCUUGUAAAGCAGAGAAAAGUACAGCUAACCAAGUGAAUAACAUGAGAAGUGAUGACUCAGUAGCUUUAGAUACUAAAAAGAAAAUGGAGGAAAGAUUAACAAAAUGUCAACAGGAAGUAGCAGGACUAAAAGACAAGUAUGAGGCAUCGCUGAAUGAUAUAAACAACUAUAAUGCCAAGUAUAUAGAAGAUAUGACAGAGAUUUUCCAAAAAUGUCAAGAAUUUGAGAAGAAGAGAAUAGAAUUUUUUAAAUCAACAUUUUAUGAUCUUCAUCAAUGUUUGGACCUUUCUGUUGACCCACAGUUUCCACAAAUUUAUACAGAUCUCCACAAUGUUAUAGGUAAAACUGAUUCUGAUCAAGAUUUACGAUGGUGGUCAAACAAUAAUGGUUCAGAUAUGGCAAUGAACUGGCCACAGUUUGAGGAAUAUUCACCAGAUCUGCAAUCCAUUUCAAAGAAAGAAAGGAAGUCCCAAUUACAUUCUAAUGAUGGUAUAACGAUAACAAGCAUUAGACACAAGGGAGACUUCGCACCAGCUUCACCCCACGCUGGAGGUUACGAUCGGCAGUCGUCUAACAAAACAAAUGAUAGUGAUAAUGGCAGGAAAAAUUCCAUAGGUAUUAUAUUACCUAGAAAUCCCUCUGUGGGACCUCUUAAACCACAACGAAGUCCAUCUCUUCAUAAACAGUCAGAAAAUAGAACAAAACCUGAGGGAGCACCAAGUUCAUUGGUUGAUAAAAAUGAAACCAGACCAAUACCUGAAGGCCAGAACCGGUCUCCUCCAACCCCUGCAAAGAGGACACUUAUAAGGAACCAAUCUGGCAGCAGUAUACAACAGAAAGUAGAAUACGAUGAAUCGUUAAAUCCAUUUGGUGAUGAGGAUGAAGAUGAAAAUGACAAAGUGGAUGAUGAAAAAAACAACCAGAGAUCAUCUUACCUACAGACAAGCUAUGAACCAGAACCAGAACUAGACGAACCAACUGAACAAACAUACAAUGGUCGGACAUACCAGCCUGAGCAAGAUUCAAAUCCUUUUGGUAAUGAGGACACAGGUUCAGAGGAUUCACCUAAAGAAUCCCCUCGGCUAGCUGAUCCUGUCCUUGUUAGAGCCGUGUUUGAUUAUGAGGCUGUUGAGCAAGAUGAGUUCAGUUUCAAAUGUGGUGAAGAAUUUUACAAAUUAAGUGAAGAAGAUGAGUUAGGAUGGUGUAAAGGUCGGAAGGCAGAUGGCGAGGAAAAACUUUAUCCAGCUAAUUAUGUCAAACCUGUUAGUGAACUAUGAUCAAAGGGAAAUAACUCCAGUGUGUUAUAUUCUACAAUGAAUAUAUUAGAUAUAUAGAUAAAUAUGUGUAUUCAGAAAUAAGGAUUGUAAUGGUUGGCAACAUGGUUGUGAAAAUAAUGUAUCAAGCUAUCUGUUGUUAAGAGAUUAGAUAAAAAUGAAAUUACGAUAUAGAUUUUAUUUGUAUUUAGUCUGUCGAGAAUUGUGUAUAGCAGUUUGCUAGUCCAUUAUAUUGAUCAUUGUGCUUCCUAUAGAUACAGAUAGAUAUAUUAUUUGUAGAAAAAAUUGUCAAAAUAUUAUUAUGUUUUGUAACUUUGUUAACAUUAUGUUGGGGGAAAAUGCAGAUUGCUAAUUUCACUUAAGCUUUUUAUAUUAUAGUGAAAACCAGGUUAUAGAUAGUUAUUUUAAAUAACAACAUGCAUAUCUUAAAGCAAGUUUUGAUUUAUAUGUAAAAUGUUUAACCACAGUUUAUCAUUAGAUUGUUAUACAUACCAGUAUGUUGUUCUGAAGAUAUAUUUUUGGAAGCUAAUUUAAAGUUAUUCUAGUUAAAAAAAAACAAUCUAACAUUGCACUGAAGUUUUUUAAUUGACCAUUAGUGCUAUAAGGGUAUGAUAUUGAUUUUGAGAAAAAUUUCAAAAAGUAAAUUUAUUUGCUAAUUUCAUGAUUAACAUAAGAAUCGUAUGAAUUUAAUGUAUAUGGAAAAUCGAACAGGAACAAAAAAAAUGAUAUUUAGACCUCGUCAGCAGGUUUUGCAUUUUAAAAACUGUAAAUUUUAUCAUGGCAAAAAUAAGCGCUUACAGUUUGUAGUUCUACUAAAAAGUCCUUAAUACAAAAUAUAAUUUUUCUGAAGAUAAAGCAAAGUGCAAUUGAUUUGAUAAAACAUUGUAAAUUUUAGAUAAAGUAUCAUUUAUAUGUAUGUCAUUAAUACUCAUAUACCACUGUAUUAUAUAUCAUUUAAUUUAAUCAUUCCUUCUAAACACCUUUCAGAUGUAAUUGUUUAAAAAAAGAAAUCAUAUGAAAAUGUACAAGUCAUUUUGUUCGUUUGUCUUAAUUUUUUUCAUGCAAAUAUCCUAUAUUUUGCUAUGCAUGCUUUCUUAUUUUUAUAACAGGGAAAUUUUAUAAUGGUGUAAUUUUCAGAAUUUUUAAGCUUUGAUUUAUAUCUGGCUACAAAGUACUUUUGUGCACAUUAAACAUGUGAUAAUUUUGUGUUCUUCAUGACACAAGUAGAGAAUGGCUUCUAAUUAUUCAUACAUCUAAAUUUAAAACAUUAUUAAAACUCUGAUUCUAGAUUAAUAAAAUAAAAUUCAGUUGGUACUUUUUAUCAAAUUUGUCGUA